AAAAACACCUUGUGUAAUGAAAAACCCAGAUCUAUAACCUCUCCCUAUAUAUUCUGGAUGCAUUGAGGUAGGCUCAAACCCUCGGGGACCUGGUAUAGGCGCGGAAUCUGUUUCACACAACUGCUAUUUGAAGGAAAAAAAAAGAAGCAAAUGAUACCAAGACAAGCUCCUAAGAGAGAUCUAAUCAGCAGAUGUGUACGGAUGAAAAUACAGUGAGAUGAGUCAGAAAACGCCCAAGGAGGGUCCCAGACUCUCCAAAAACCAGAGGUACUCCGAGCACUUCAGCAUCCGCUGCUGCCCGCCGUUCACCUUCCUCAACUCCAAGAAGGAGAUAGUGGAUCGGAAAUACAGCAUCUGUAAGAGCGGAUGCUUCUACCAGAAGAAGGAGGAGGACUUGAUCUGCUGCGCCUGCCAGAAGACCAGAACCAGCCGCCGCGCCACGUCCCCUCAGAGGCCCAAGAAACAGCCAGCUGCGCCCCCCGCGGUGGUCAGAGCGCCAGCCAAGCCACGGUCCCCUCCGAGGUCAGAGCGUCCGCCCCGCCCCCGCCCAGAGGUCCGCCCGCCGCCCGCCAAGCAGCGUCCCCCUCAGAAGGCCAAGCAACCGCCGCGCAGCAGCCCCGUCCGAGGGCCGGGCGCCAGCCGCGGGGGGUCCCCCGUCAAAGCUUCUAGGUUCUGAUUGAAAAGAAGGAUUAGGCCAACCCCAAAGAAGAAGUGACCAAGGAGGAGUUUAAAGUGAAUGAAUGGCCUGGGCUCCUGGACUCAUUGCUUCACAACCCAUCUACCCUUGGACGAGUUAAUCUGGCUUCAAGUAUUAUGCAAGGGCAAACACCUGCUGAUGCAGCAACUGCUGAUGCUCAUGGUCCUGCAUGGCAUGGGGGCCUCAGAGCAGCCUGCCUGGAGGUGAGCAGGGGUAUCUCUCUGUCUUAUACUCCAGUCAGGGGGUUCCAGCCACACCUGCAGGCUCCAGAGCUCAAUGCACAGAUCUUCUUGUUUCACCUGCAGUCUUUUCUUCCCCAGGGUGUGCACAGGGCUCCAGGGUCUUUCAUGACUCAGGGUCAGAGUGGCUCACGUACCAGUCCACAUGUUGUCCUCCAGAUAGUCCCUUCCAUCCCUUGCAUCCUGUUGCUCAGCCUGACUUUUAAUUUUUAACUUUCUCCUUUGUAAUUAAUCUCUAUCUGGGUUUCUCUCUUCCUCUGUGCCAUUUGGUUUCCUUAAUUAGUUCCCUGUGCCAGUCCAUAGUCAGAGCCAUAAUUGGCUCUGGGGAAGAUCCAAGUUAUUUUCUGAGUAAGAUAUUAGGCUGCCAUAUGAUCCAGAGAUGCAAAGAAAUCCCCAGAGAGUGUAGGAGUUGUCUAAAUCCAUGUGUCAGAUGUAGCCAGCGAGUUGUGUCAGAAGCAGAGAGAAAAGGCAUGAAAAGCAAUCCUGUUCCGCUCCUCAGGCCCCUGUCUCUGUCCUUACAUGGGGCUUUUGAACAUCUCCUCCUGGCCCAGCUAGGGUGAGAGCAAGUCCUCUAAGGCACUGCCUUUGAGCCUUGUUCAGCCCAUCUGAACGAUCCCUGUUCUAGAAUUGACUGCUUUUAAAUUGUGUGACCUUGGGAAUGUUAUCUGGCUUCAACCACAAUGCCCUACCUUAAGUCCCUCUCCCAAGUGAUCCUAGAUACAGGGCUGCUUCCCCCCAAACCCUCUCCACCUCAGGACACAGGCUCAUGGCCUUAUGACACUUUACAACCAGAAGUGGUGCUCAGAGUUCCUAUUGACACAUGUAACCCCCUAAUUCCUGGGAAAGCCCGUGGCCUGCUUCCCCAGUGCUUUCUCUGGCUGGUCCCUCCAUAUUUUCAUCUGAUGGUGGAGUGAGAUCAGGAAAAAUAGGAGAGGAGCUUUACCUUGGGGGAGAAGAGAAGUAUGGAAAGGAUGAGUUAUAGGAGGUUAAGCAGUCUAAGAUUCCUCUCCCUAUGUAGGAGGCCAUUUCCUCCUGUGAGGGGGUUUGAACCAAAUUAUAAUGGGACAGGGUUGGGUAUUGACUUCCCAUAUCUUCUCGCUGUUUUGUUCCCACUAUCUGUAGCCCAAAAAUCUUGGGGAGGACUUUGAUCUUUAGUGUGGGCUCUUGGUCAGGGCCAUAGGAACUAACCCCAAUCCUUAUUCUACCUGGCUCUACCACAUCCCCUACACACAAACACAUGCUGCGGGGAGGGAGUUUGCCCCUGGGUUAAGUGGACGAUCCUUAGAUCACCUUGUGCUCCUGUGGACUUGGGUAUGUGUGUGUUGGGAAACUUGGCUUUGAAAGGAUGUCUUUGGGCUCUCAUUUUCUCUCCCAGGCACAAAUACGGGGUGGCGGGGUGGGGGGGCUUCUCCAAGUCCCACGUCAGCUGCUGCCCCCUGAGGAGCUUGACCACUGAAGCCGAUCGUGAGAUGACUGUACGCUGACACACCUUCAGGGACCUGGCCUUGACUUAGGGCUCCGCUGUAUCCUCAGCAAUCUUGGAUUGCCUUUCCUAUUCAGCCUAGCGUUGGGGUGGUGGGAGAAGAGGGGUUGGAGUGAAUCCAUCUCUGUUCAAAUUCCAGCUGGGAUUACUCGAGGAGUCUUCCUGGCUUAUUUUGGGCCCAAAUUUGGCUGCAUUGUUUAUUGGCUCCCAAAGUAGGGGUUGAGGAGUGAAAAGAUACAGGCAAUGAAUUCUUCCGCACACUCCUCCCCAACCUCUCCAACGCUUUUCUACUUAGGAGGCCAGUGGAAGGGAGGAGAGGAGGCCUUGCCCUAGCCCACAGGGGACAAGGCUCAUUGUUCUUCCAGGCUUGGUCCACUCUGCUUUUGAUUCUGAAGUUCUUCCCCUACCCAGCAGACUACGCUUUCUUGCCUUCUUUCUGUUCUUUCUUUUUGUACAUGUAGAUGGUAUGUUGCUGAUAUAUUCUCAGUGCCUGUGCCCACCUUGGAACUCUGUUCUUGCUGUUCAUUCCGCAUGUGAUACUCUGGGCCAAGAUCUUUGCACAGGUGCCUCAAGUAUCAUCUCAGAGGUGCUUCUCUUGAAAACUCGGUGCUAUUUCUGUAGUUGCUUUAUUUGAUCACUCUAAGUUUUGUUGUCUUCAUAGUGCUUAUCACCCUCUGGAACUAUUCUAUUCAUUUAUUUACUUGUUUAAUGCUUGGCCUUUUUCCUGUUCUAAUGUAAACUCUGUGAUUGUCAACACCUGUUUACUUGCUACAACACCCCCGUGGCCUCCCAUCCCCUCAUUCCUGGCACUAGUAAGAACUCAAUAAACACUUGUUGAUGGAA